AUGGCAAAAACUAAAGUUACAGGAGCUACCAGUAGACUAAAACAGGAUUAUCUUCGAUUGAAAAAUGAUCCUGUACCCUAUGUUACUGCAGAACCCGUUCCUUCGAACAUACUGGAAUGGCACUACGUUGUAAAAGGCCCCGAGAAGAGUCCUUACGAAGGUGGAUAUUAUCAUGGUAAAAUAAUAUUUCCAAGGGAAUUUCCUUUCAAGCCUCCAUCGAUUUAUAUGAUUACGCCAAACGGACGGUUUAAGACAAAUACAAAAUUGUGCCUUAGUAUUACCGAUUUUCAUCCUGACACAUGGAAUCCUGCAUGGUCCAUUUCUACAAUUUUAACUGGUUUGCUAAGUUUCAUGUUAGAGAAAACUCCAACAUUGGGUUCCAUUGUCACAUCUGACUAUCAAAAACGAUGCUUAGCAGCAGAAUCUCUCGAAAUUAAUCUUAAAAACAAGAUGUUUUGUGAACUAUUCCCUGAGUAUGUGGAAGAAAUAGAAAAAUUACUAAAGGAGAGGCAGGAAGCCAUCCUUCAAUCUGACAAUACUAAUAAUAGUAGUGAUAGUGAAGUAAUAACCGAACAACAGUCUAAUAUGUAUUAUAUUUUGACAAACCUUUUUGUGUUAGUUGGUUUCGUUUUUCUUGCAUAUAUGGUUAAAUAUGUCCUAGUUUCUAUAUCCAAUGAU